CAACCAGAACACUGAGACGAAACCUAUAGAGCGAGUGAGCGAGAGAGAGGGGGGAGAGAGAGAGAGAGAAGGGGGGUUUGGUGAUGACGAUGGACAGAGAGAAAGAGAGAGAGAUAGAGUUAGAGAGUGCAAUGUACACCAACUGCUUGCUGUUAGGGCUGGAUCCGGCGGUGAUCGGAGUCGGAGGCGCCAACGGCGUCCCUCGGGUCGGACUCUUUCGCCACUCGAAUCCGAAGCUCGGCGAGCAGCUCCUCUACUUCAUUCUCUCAUCUCUCCGUGGCCCAAUUCAGUCCGCCAAAGAUUUCGACAAGGUGUGGCCAAUCUUCGACUCGGCGCAAUCGAGGGAUUUCCGUAAGGUUGUGCAAGGGAUUAUUAGCGAGCUCGAAUCGCAAGGGGCGCUUCCGAGGAGCAAUUCGAGGGUUUCGUCACUCGCUACGUGUUGUGGACCGAGAUUUGUUGAACUCUUGUGGCAACUUUCUUUGCAUGCUUUGCGAGAGGUUCAUAGACGGACUUUUGCAGCUGAUGUAGCUUCUAAUCCGCUGCCUGCACCUUUGACAGAUGUAGCCUUUUCACACGCAGCUACACUACUUCCUGUAACAAAGGCGAGAAUAGCACUCGAACGGAGGAGAUUUCUUAAGAAUGCAGAAACUGCAGUACAACGACAGGCUAUGUGGUCAAAUUUGGCUCAUGAAAUGACUGCAGAGUUUCGAGGUCUUUGUGCUGAAGAGGCUUAUUUGCAGCAAGAGCUGGAAAAACUGCAUGACCUAAGGAAUAAAGUGAAGUUGGAAGGGGAACUCUGGGAUGACCUUGUAUCUAGUUCGAGUCAGAAUUCCCAUUUAGUUUCAAAGGCUACUCGCUUGUGGGAGUCUAUAUUAGCUCGCAAAAGCCAACAUGAAGUUCUUGCUUCAGGCCCUAUUGAGGACUUGAUAGCACACCGUGAGCACAGGUACCGCAUCUCUGGAUCAGCUUUGCUUGCGGCUAUGGAUCAAAGUUCUCAGGUUCCUUAUUCAGAUGUCUUGUCCGUCGAGCCUGGUGACCUACCUUCAAAACAUAUGAAUGACAAAGACCAGAGUGAUGGAUCAUAUGUCAAUGUAAAUAGGGAAAAGAUGAAGAAUUUAGAUUCAUCCCAUUCGCAAGUAAGUGAUGAAACACUUUCUCGAGUGGAUGACAGAAGCGGAAGAAUACAGCCCACUGUUGAUGUAGCUGAAAUCAUCAGGCGUUGGACACAUGCUUUACAGCGUAUUCAUAAGCAGUCACUUCAUUUGGCGAAAGCUAAUAAUGGAGAAGGUCCAGAAAUUUUACGGAGUGCACUGGAUGGUGGUACAAGUGGCCAUGCAGAGUCGUUAGCUACAACUCUUGCUGAGCAUCAGCAACACUUAGCUAGUUUUCAGGUGCUCAAUAACCAACUGAGGGAAGUUGCUCCAGCUAUACAAAAGUCAAUAUCAGAGUGUACAGAGAAAGUUCAGAGUAUAUCCUCCACUCUGCCUUCCAUGACCAGACAUCGUGGUCAAUCAACCUCACCUCUUCAGGCUCAGAGCAGUGGAAGGACAUUGGAAAGUGGCAGUGAUGAUGUUGCUGAGGUGACUACGAAAAUGUCUACCAUUCUGCUUGACAAGGUCUCAGCCAGUCCUCCUGCUUUAAAGCUCCCACAGUUGUUUAGCGUGACACCAAAUUCUUCUGGGAAAGGUGGAAAUAUGCAGAAACGAAACACUUCAGCUUCUCAAACAAAUCAAAUAGAGAACUUUUCUGAAAGGAAAUCUCUCGACCAGCCUCUCGCAAUUAAUCAAGUUGAAAAUAUACCACAAGAUAGUGAUAAUUCUUAUGUUCAGAACUUGAAGAGAUCUGUAAGAGAAGCUGCUUUGUCGAUGAAAUCCUGCAAUUCAGAAUCAUUACGAGAAAGUCAUUCCGAUGAAAGCUCCGAGCACUUCUUUGUACCUCUUUCAACAACCGGGUUUUCUCAUCUGGGCCCAGAAAACAAAGUUUCUUCUUUUAGGAGUAAAAGGUUGUUUGUAUCCCGAGUAGACAAUUCCUUGCGUGAGAAUCAUGCUCCUGAUGGUAGUAUGAGGAGCAAGUAUGAUGAAUUUCCAGACAUGUUAAAUGAUUUGGAUUCACUUCAUGGGUUUGGCAGUGUAAAUGGGUCUCUCUCAGUUAGCGACUCAAAUUGUGCAGCUUCUGAUGCACAAAGGUCGUUUUAUGACUUUGAGGAAUCUCAGGAGCAGGUCUUCUCACCUCCUUUCCUAAUGGAUACAUCACUAUUAACAGAUUCUUACGAAGACUUACUUGCUCCACUGUCAGAAACUGAAACGGCCUUGAUGGAGCAUUGAAAUAGAUGUUCGGGCAACCUUACUCUCAUGUUCUCAGUCCAGAUAGUUUGGUUGCUGUGGCGGUUUUGUUUUCAUUCCUCAGUGCGCGUAUUCUCUCCUCUUCUCUGUAUGACGCGGUGUUUGUAGGAUAUUACUCUUCCUUCGUGUUCUGUAUAUUUUGCCGCUUAUCCUGCACAUUUCUUUAUCCUAUUGUUCGGAGGGAACUAUGAGCCAAUUGCAGCACUUAUUUACAUGCUUGGCACAUGCCUGGAACUUGAGAUGGUUGUAACAUGUUGGAAUGCUGACCUGGGUCUUAGAGGACAAAAUUCAGAGUCAACCAAUGUAGUCGGAAACUUUCCUUGACAGUUUAUUCAUAAAUGUUACCCGAGAAGAGAAAUGUUGCAUCCCUUGCUUAGAAGCAGCAGGUGAAGCUUGGUUUUCAGCCUAAUGGGUGUCUGGCAGCAAUACUGCAUUCAGUUAGAUUCUUGUUUUAACUGUCAAAAUUGAUUGUUGAUCGACUGAUUAUUCUGUGUUUGACAGAUGUGUAUCACACGAAUUUGAUAAUGUAUUUUGUGGAUACAUCAGGAAUGAGAAAUUACUCUGUAACAGUUGGAUUAAUUUUAUUGAUAUUGUUGAGUAAAGGGUUAUGUUUCCAUUGUUUA